AUGUCUAAGAAGCAGAAAGAGAAGAAGAUAAUAGAGCUUGUGAAGAGUCUUCCAAUAGACCACAAGAAGUUUGAAGAACUAUUAAAGAACAACUCACGCCGGGAUUUAGAAGUUAAAAUAUAUGGAAACAAGCUAGGGUUAAAAGAAAAGCAGAUAAUGCAUGUGGUAAAAAAGUUAGGAAUAAAGCUAAGAAUAAAAGAACCACAGGGCAAACCAAGCCACAUAAUAGUAAAAUUACACAACCACAUGAGAUUUGUUAUAUUAGACAUUGAAGUAUAGCAGAAGUCAACAGAAAUAACCAGGCACAGCAUACUAUAUAUUGUUUUAAGCAAUAAUUCGCAUAGCACAGGAAUAUCUACUUCUAAUUGAAUUGGAUCUAAUUAAACAUGUGCC